AUGUGUCUACCUUUAAUCGCACCGCACCUAAUAGCCACUCCUCGCUCUCCUAUUGGUCACCACUUCCCUCGUACUUCGAGUCUCAAUGUCGGAUUCAAACAAAACGCCACGUCUCUAACCUUCGUCCAAUCACGUCGUUGCGCUGUUCAUCGUUUGGUCUCGCACGUGGCAAGGUUUUCUCCAAACGUGUCGACGUAA